GAUCUUUAUAUAAUCUUGGGUCUUCCACAUUAAAGUGAUAAAACUGGUUUGUUGUUUGUUUCUCCUAGGUUACAGAGGAGCAAAGGGAUCAGGGCGUGUCUUUAAGUUGCUGGUUGCCACACACAUUCAGAUUCAUGGGGAUUGUUUUGCCUAUCUGUCAAACACAUACCUUAAUUAAAGAUGGAUAAAUAUUCACUUUUUAAGUUUAAAGUAGUCAUAAUGCAGCCUUGCUAUAGAUAGUAGCUUAUACUUGUUUUUUUAGGGAUAAGCCAAAAAAAUUUAAAGCUCUAGAUUUUAAGAUGUUUCCAGGCUAGAUGAACUGAUCUUUUAAAUAAAAAGUUAGGUAAAGGUUCCCCUCGCACAUAUGUGCUAAUCAUUCCCGACUCUAGGGGCGGUGCUCAUCUCCGUUUCUAAGCUGAAGAGCCAGUGCUGUCUGAAGACGUCCCCGUCAGUGGUGGGUUGCCCCAGGUUUGGACUUGCGAACUGGUAAUAAAACUGGGGAGAGGCUCCGUCCACCGACCCCAACAUCAUCAGGAAGCUUCUGCGCAGAAGCAAGCGCACGCAAGCAAUCCUGCUGAGAACUGGUAGUAAAGAUCACACAGAAUUAGUAACUGCACGGCGCUGUGGGGUAUCGGUAAAUAGACUCUGCUAGAGCCGAAACUGGGCAGGACCUGUAGAUCGCAGGAGGCGGGGUCAAGCUGUCCCUCUCCCACCCCCUCACCUAAGAACUCUCACGCAUAACCUUCCAUUCAUUUAUAUGCACGAGUGCGUAUAUAUUUGUAAACAACGGUCAAUGUAAACCCGCACGUGACUAUUCACGCGUAUAGAUACGCGGUCACUCAUUCAGGAACACGUCAAAGGAGAGGACCGAUGGAGAGGGCGGCCAGCCUCUUCCUUACGCCUGCAAAGACCGGAAAAAUCUUGGCUUACGCCACUCAUUCCUCUCCGGUUUUGAGACUCCGGCCUGAGAUUUCCGAAGGGUCCGGAUCAGCCAAGCUGCUUUGGGACUUUUAGCGCCAGAAACCGCCACGAAUCCUCCGCAGCUCUCCGCCAGGCCCGGACGGGUCGUCAGCCCGGUUUCCAAGGAUCACAUGAGCAGCUCUUAUCUUCCUAAUUGGUUCCUUCGUGGGCCGACGCCUCCGGUGGAUCGCCGCCUUGUCGCCGCUGAAGAGUUAAAGCCGCCGAGGAAAGCGGGGUCGACGCGCAAUGGCCGAGACCUCCGGGAGUCCGCCGCGCAUUCUCUGCCUCUUUGACGUGGAUGGGACCCUCACACCGCCUCGGCAGAAAAUUGAGCCUGAAAUAGCAAAAUUUCUUCAAGAGCUGCGUAAAAGAGUGAUGAUUGGGGUGGUUGGAGGCUCAGACUACUCCAAAAUAGCAGAACAGCUUGGAGAAGGGGAUGAAGUCAUAAACAAGUUUGAUUACGUCUUUGCAGAAAAUGGCACUGUGCAAUACAAGAAUGGGCAACUAGUCUCAAAGCAGGCUAUCCAGAACCAUCUUGGAGAGGAACUUUUGCAAGAGCUGAUCAACUUCUGCCUUAAUUACAUGGCACUUCUAAAGUUGCCCAAGAAACGGGGAACAUUCAUAGAAUUUCGCAAUGGAAUGUUGAACAUCUCCCCCAUUGGUCGAAGCUGCAGUUUGGAAGAACGAAUAGAAUUUUCUGAACUGGACAAGAAAGAAAAGAUACGAGAGAAGUUUGUAGCAGCUCUGCAGAGAGAGUUUGCAGGCAAGGGUCUGCGAUUUUCCCGAGGUGGUAUGAUUAGUUUUGACGUUUUUCCAGAGGGCUGGGACAAACGCUAUUGCCUCAACAUCCUUGAGGAUGAGAAAUUUGAUGUCAUACAUUUUUUUGGAAAUGAGACAACCCCUGGUGGGAAUGAUUAUGAAAUCUAUGAUGAUCCUCGGACAGUAGGACAUAGUAUCCAUUCUCCCCAGGACACAGUUCGGCGAUGUCGAGAGAUAUUCUUUCCAGAGACUGUGAACAAUUCUUGACUCACGGAUCUUCUGCUGCUAUUCUUCUUGUUCACUUCAUAAAAGCACCUUUUGAAUUAUAAUCAAGGCUUGCUGAAGCCCACGGUUGAAAUGCACUUUGGAAAUGGAGGUGAAGUGUGAAAAUAGAGAUUUAAAGUGCCAUCACCAGUUUGUAGUAGUAAGAAUCUACAGAACAAUGACUACCAUAUUUCAUCCUCCCAGCCCCUAAAACAAAAGGUUUCGUUUUAAAGGGAGCUGUGUCCUUUUUCUAAAACUGUGAGAGAGAAGGAGAGAAAUAGAAAGCUGGUAAUCUCUUCAUAUAUUCACCUAAAUCAAUUUCUGCGAUUAAAAUAGUAAUAUUAAUAGGUUAAAGGGAAAACAAUCUGAUCUUUCAAAGUAUUUUCAUAUUCUCGAACCUGUUAGAUGGCCUGCCAUUUUUUAAAAAUUGGAAUCAGGUCUUUUUUAAAGCUAAUAAUGAAUAGGGAAAACACCCCUAAUCUAUUACUAGCCAUGCAGAAUGCAGAGAGAGGUAGAAAGUAAACUUUGAAAUAUAGAUCCUAUUGAAAGUGAUUAGUCAUAGACAUCACCAUUCUACUCAGCUUUCAGUAUCCAUUAGAAUAUUCUUCUGUGACUUCUGAUCUAAUAUGUGAAACCAUCUGUUUAAAAUAUGACUUUGGUGCUCAGGUUUAUUUUAUCAUAGAUAAUAUAUUUUUGGUCCAAUAAAAGUACAGUUUGUGUGUUGAGGUCCACACGUCUUAGCAGUCUUGCAUAUUGCAACUGCGCCUUCUCACAAAAAGCCUUUGCUUUAGUUUCAGUUAUUAGAAUAUUGUUUACUUGCACUUUCUUCCCAUUGCUCACUCUAACUCUUUAUCACCUUAAUUAUCCAACCUAACUAUAGAAGUGCUGGCAAUAGCAUUUAGAUCUAAUAAUCAGAUUAAUGGAAUGAAAAUGGGAGGUAAAUGUAUCUUUUAAAUCUAUUUACAGAUGAUUUUGACUCUCAAAUGCUUUUUAUUUAGCUAGGUAUAUUAAGGAGUGAAAGAAAUUUGCAGAAAUGCCAGGACUAUCAGUUAAUUUUCCUAAAUUAUAUAUAUAUAUUAUAUUACACACACACACCACAAAAUUAUAAUUCAAAUAUUAAUAAAAUCUUUACAUAUAAUUAUGUACCAACUUGAAAGAAAUUAAAUAAAGAAAUGAAAAACUGGGCUUGAAAACAUUUCAAUAUUUUAGGAUGAAUUACAGUGGUUAAAAUGAAAAUGCUUGCACAGUUGAACUUAUUAUUUCAGUGCCUCCUAGUGGCAACUCCUAAAUAGGCUUUAAGACAUUGGCAAAAAAAAAAGCUUCUAUUUCAAUCUACAAAUACUAAGAGUAAAUAAAAUUAUUUAUAUAGAUUUCAAAAACAGGGAGGUUGGAUCAUGCCCUAUUUGUUAAUACAUUAUUGAGGAUUGCAGCUAAGGCAUAUGAUUCCAUGUAUUCUGGGAGAAUCAUCUAAACAAUGAAUUUAUUUUGAAGCUAUGUUAGAACCAGAUAAGUUUAUAAAGCAAUGGCUUUUUAUCCAAAAUGUUUUUCUAGAAUUAAACAAAUUGAAAAUGUUUUUACUAAAACAAUGCUUCAAAUUUGAAAGAGUAGAUAUGUAGUUUUGAUAAAGCUUAUUCCUCAUUUUUCUGUCAACAUAAAUUGAUCAGGAUGAUUAUGGCUUGGCUAAAAUGAAAUCUUUGAGAAAAUAUAUUUAUAGAUUUUUAUAGUAAUAAUCUUUCAAUAAAGAUCAGAUUGAGCAAUGAAUAGGUGACAAAUUACCAAGCUUUUCUGAUAUCAACUUAAAUUUCUUUUGGGUGAUAGAAUUAUUAGAGAUUCAGCAGCAUGACCUGAUAUCCAUUUUGAGAAUUUAAUACUUUAUCAUUUAAAACAGCGGUUACCAACUGGUGGUCCAUGGACCACUGGUAGUCCACAAGAAAAUUUUGGUGGUCCACAGAAACAUUAUUUGCAUUUUUUAUAUUGCACUAAAUACUAUUUAUCUUUUUUAAAAAAUCAUAUUAGUGGUCCGCAGAAUUUAAAAUUAUGAAUUUGGUGGUCCCUGAGGUCCAAAAGGUUGGUGACCCCUGAUUUAAAACAACCAAAAACCAUUUCAAAAAUUUAUUGGUUGUGAUUGCAAUCAGAAAGAGAAGAUCAGUUAUAUAUUUUAAAGGAAGCUUGGGAUACUGAUCUUAGUAAUCCUGUAUAGGAGACAAUUGGCAGAAGUUCUGGAAAGAUCUUUGGCUUCAAUGCAAGAAAUGUAAUAGAAGAUAAUUGGAUUGUUGUACAAUGCCCAGAGUCAUUUUCCAUGAGAUAAAUGACAUGUGAAUUUGAUUGAUUGGCUGAUAAAUAAAUGAAACAAAACAUACCAUUGGUACUUUACUCCCGUUAGGCUGGCUCAUACUGGAUAUAUCAAAAUUAUUCUUCCAAAUUUUAGAAAAGGUGUUAAGUCAUUUUUUCAUUUGUUAUGAUCAUGCAAUAAAGAUAUGAAAUGGAUGCCUUCAGCUAUAGUACUUUCAUAUAACAUGGCACUAAUUCAGAGACUUGAAAGCAGGCAUUUCAUCACUUGCUUCCUUCUUCAUAAAUAGUGCUAUUAGAGGCAUCUAAAGAAAUAAAAGGAUGAGAAGCUGAUAUUAUUAAUGAAAUGAAAUUAACCCAUUCUUUUCCGAGAUGCUGAGGCUUUUGCUUUAAAAUAAAUAUUGCCAGCUCUUCUUAGUUUCCAUUGCUUUUCCAGGGGGGUUAUGAAGUCCUUAAUACAGGGACCUACUUAUUACUGUGAAAGACACAAAGUGGUCUAUUUCUCAGAUGGAUCAAAAAACAGAACCCCACUUUAUUAAGAAGGAAUGUUUAUUUUGAUGUCAUGUAUGUUAAAGUAACCCAACUAUUUUGCUGUAGCUACAGAUGUCAAGCCAAGAACAGAUUUGUGGGGCCUUGUUGGCAGGCAGCUUUUAUAGCAUUAUAGAAGUAUGACAUUAAUAAAAUUGAAUUAAAAUAU